UUACGUAAACUGCGCCACGCCUGUAACACAACCAUAUUUGCUGCUGCGACUACCGCACGCGUUGAGUAACGACAGAAUGGCUUGCAGUAAUCUCCUUAAGAGCCCACCCUUCAUAAUUAAAGUUGUUGAACUGCUUAUAUGCAUUGCCUUAGCCGCUCUCACAGCCAAUGACCGAGUUGCUGAGGGUUCUGACAGACUUGUGCGUUACGCGGUUGUCAAUGCUACCAUAGCAAGUUUCAUGUUACUGGGUGUUCUAAACAUCAUGGGCUAUGUACUCGGAUGUCCUAUACAUACCAAACUGGUCGUAAUAGCUUCGGCGGCUGCAGUUAUACUGUAUCUGGCAACUGGAUUAAUUAUUCUUGAAACAUACAACCAGUAUAUUUUUCCUUCCAGGCAUUCUAAUGUGUUCAUUGCAGUAAUACUAUGCUUUAUUAGUAGCGCAGCGUACAUAGUUGAUGCUAUUCUGUCAUGGAAGUGUAGCUAGAUAUCAUCCUCCCUGCAGUAAUAUGGGACAUUACAUGUUCACAGUGUAUGUAUUAAACUCUCUGUUGUUCUGUUGAGGAAAUUACUAAUGAAACAUUCUUUAUUAAAAAGACCGUAUACAAUG